UAAUAAUCAUGUCAACCUUCUAUAUAUAUUAGGAUCAGGCUUCUAACUACCCAAGCUCUAACGUGAAAGCUAUGGAUGCAAUUCACCAAGACACACAGGCGUACAUCAAUGAUUUUGAGCUGCACGACUUCGUUGACAAUCCAAAUUUUGAUCAGUUCAUCAAUUUGAUCCGAGGGGAGAAUGAAGAUGCUAACUGUGACUUCGGUUCUGACCUCAUCACUGAUUGUUUUGUUAACAAUCAGCUCCUUCCAUCCCCUGCAAACCCUUUUGAUCAGAACUAUAACAAUGCUGUGAAUGUUUAUGAUCAGAGCUCCACAUUUAGCUCCUUUUCAUGCUUUGAUGGGGAGAUGAAGGGAGAAGGAGAAGGGGAAAGAGAAGAAGAAGAAGAAGAUCACGAUGGAGAGCAUUCUUCUGAAACAACAACAACGACCAAGAAUGAUGGUUCCAAGCCCAAACUGAAAAAUGACAGGUCCAAGACUCUCAUUUCUGAGAGGAGAAGGAGAGGCCGAAUGAAGGAGAAGCUUUACGCAUUGCGUUCUUUGGUUCCCAACAUAACAAAGAUGGACAAGGCUUCCAUAAUUGGAGACGCAGUAGCAUACGUGCAUGAGCUUCAAGCUCAAGCUAGGAAGCUGAAGGCUGAAGUUGCAGGACUUGAAGCAUCUUUAUUAGUGCGUGAAAACUAUCAAGGAUCAAUUAACAAUCCCAAAAAUGUGCAAGCUGCUCGGAAUAGUCAUCCAAUCUGCAAGAAGAUCAUGCAGGUGGAGAUUGUGCAAGUGGAGGAAAGAGGGUAUUAUGCAAAAAUAGUGUGCAAUAAAGGAGAAGGAGUGGCUGCAUCGUUGUUCAGAGCUCUUGAGUCUCUUGCAGGUUUUAGUGUUCGGAAUUCAAACUUGGCUACAGUUUGUAACAGUUUUCAACUUACAUUUACAUUGAAUAUAAAAGGGUCCGAACCAGAAAUUAACCUGCAAAAUUUGAAGCUAUGGGUGACUGGCGCUCUUCUGAACCAAGGUUUUGAAUUUGUGGCAUCUUUUUCUGGUUGAGUCAAUGCACCAAGUAUGACGUAUUGCAUGCAAGAGAUUAUGAUGAACCGUGAAACACAUACAAUAUCGCCGCAGCAAGUAUGAGCCUCCAACACCAUCAGUAUAAUAAUACUAGUAUGACAUCACAUACUAUAACCAUGCUCCCAUAAAAAAAUCACUCGACAGAGACGGGGAGAAAAGAGUGGUGAAUUUUCACACAUUUGAAAAUGUCCAACAGAAGUUUAAUACUGUUAGAGACUUCUUAACAUCAUUAAUUAUUGGCUAUGAGUUUAUUAUAUAUUUCAAUAGCUUAAUGAUACUAUUAAUCACAAUUUUCAUACCACCACUUUGGUUAACCACUAGUGAGUGAAUCUUUAACCACUUAAAGUAAAAUUAACUCUAUUUACAUAUGUAAUUUAAUCACGUAUGACAAUG